AUUCGAUGAAGCUCGUGGAAUUGGGCAGGAGAGGGGCGCUCAGAUGAAAUUUUGUUGAUAAACCCCAGAAGCAGACGCCUUUUUUUCUAAGUAAUUCCAGUCCAUUUCCUGACUUCUUCUUUCUUCAGCUGCAUCAUAUAACUCUGUCCCCUUGUCUAAAGCAGAGAGUUAAAGCUUCCUCUUCUCCUUAACAACUCCAUCAACUACCUUCUUCCUUUUGAACCAACUACAUACCUUCUCACCCUGCAUUUGUGAUAUUCUCCUAUUCACGAGCGUCAUUAAUCACUUCGUCUCUCAAGUACUCUUUCAAAGUCGUUCACUCAGGGCGACUAUAAACAUCAAGAUGCCUGCUCCCGUGGGUAACCCCCAGACCCUCUACGACAAGGUCUUCUCGGCACAUAUCGUCGACGAAAAGCUCGAUGGCACAAUUCUUCUCUACAUCGACCGGCACUUGGUCCAUGAAGUGACAUCACCACAAGCCUUUGAGGGUCUCGAAAAUGCAGGCCGCAAAGUCCGAAGACCUGAUUGCACUCUCGCAACCACUGAUCACAACGUCCCCACCACAUCCCGUAAAGCCCUGAAGGACAUUGCUUCAUUCAUCGAGGAGGACGAUUCGCGAACACAGUGUGUCACUCUCGAGGAGAAUGUCAAGAAGUUUGGUGUCACAUAUUUCGGCCUGGGCGACAAACGACAAGGCAUUGUCCACAUCAUUGGCCCCGAGCAAGGCUUCACUCUCCCUGGAACCACCGUCGUGUGCGGUGACAGCCACACCUCAACACAUGGCGCCUUCGGUGCUCUUGCCUUUGGUAUCGGUACCAGCGAGGUUGAGCAUGUCUUGGCCACUCAGUGCCUCAUCACCAAGCGCAGCAAGAACAUGAGGAUACAGAUUGACGGUGAGCUGGCCCCUGGUGUCAGCUCCAAGGACGUCGUCCUCCACGCCAUCGGCAGGAUCGGAACUGCCGGAGGUACUGGUGCCGUUAUUGAGUUUUGCGGAUCUGUUAUCCGUAGCCUGAGCAUGGAGGCUCGCAUGUCCAUCUGCAACAUGUCCAUCGAGGGUGGUGCCCGUGCUGGUAUGGUUGCCCCUGAUGAGAUCACCUUCGAAUAUCUCAAGGGACGCCCCUUGGCCCCCAAGUAUGGUUCCGAGACCUGGAACCAGGCUGUUGCCUACUGGGAGUCUCUCCAGUCUGAUCCUGGCGCCAAGUACGACAUUGAUGUCUUCAUUGACGCCAAGGACAUCAUUCCCACCAUUACCUGGGGAACCAGCCCUGAGGAUGUCGUUCCCAUCACCGGAUGUGUCCCUGACCCUGAGACCUUUAGUAGCGAGAACAAGAAGGCCGCCGGCCGCCGCAUGCUUGAGUACAUGGGCUUGACGGCUGGAACACCAAUGGAGGACAUUCCCGUUGAUAAGGUGUUUAUUGGAUCGUGCACCAACGCCCGAAUUGAGGAUCUGAGAGCCGCCGCCAACGUUGUGAAGGGGCGAAAAGUUGCUGAUAACAUCAAGCGCGCCAUGGUUGUCCCUGGUUCCGGUCUUGUGAAGGCACAGGCUGAGGAGGAGGGCCUCGACCAGAUCUUUGUUGAUGCCGGUUUCGAGUGGAGAGAGGCUGGAUGCAGUAUGUGUCUGGGCAUGAACCCUGACAUUCUGGCCCCCAAGGAACGAUGUGCCAGUACAUCCAACCGAAACUUCGAGGGUCGACAAGGUGCUCUUAGCCGAACGCACCUCAUGUCUCCUGUCAUGGCAGCUGCCGCCGCUAUUGUCGGCAAGCUUGCUGACGUUCGCAAGCUAUCGCACUACACCCCCCAGUCGGCCUUUAAGGCCCGCGAGCUCCCUGCGGAGGAGCCCCAUGUAGAUGAGCGAACCAAGGAUGACUCUGAGGAGCGAGAGAUGAUCGGUGACCAGCCCCAGGACUCCCAGCCUCACACAAACACUCUGGUUAGCGCUGGAGGUGCUGCUUCUGGUCUACCUAAAUUUACUAUCUGGAAGGGCACUGCCGCUCCCCUGGAUCGAUCCAAUGUCGACACUGACGCCAUCAUCCCUAAACAAUUCCUCAAGACAAUCAAGCGAACAGGUCUUGGCACUGCACUAUUUUACGAGCUCCGAUACAGGGAGGACGGAUCUGAAAACCCCGACUUCGUCUUAAACCAAGAGCCUUUCCGACAGACCAAGACUCUGGUUGUCACUGGACCCAACUUUGGAUGCGGCAGUUCUCGAGAGCACGCCCCUUGGGCCCUCCUAGACUUUGGCAUCAAGUGCAUCAUCGCUCCCUCGUUCGCCGAUAUCUUCUUCAACAAUACUUUCAAGAACGGCAUGCUCCCCAUUAGGAUCGAGGACAAGGAUAACCUUGAAGCCAUCGCCGCUGAGGCUCGCGCCAACCGCGACAUUGAGAUUGAUCUGCCCAAUCAGCUAAUCAAGAAUGCUGACGGAGAGACCAUCUGCUCAUUCGACGUUGAGGAGUUCCGCAAGCACUGCCUGGUCAACGGUCUCGACGACAUUGGCCUGACCAUGCAGCAGGAGGACAAGAUCGCCGAGUUCGAGCGACGCAUGACACAAAACACUCCCUGGCUCGACGGCACCGGUUACCUGAAGCGUCCUGGACAGGGUGGCAAGUUGGCCGCUAAGGCCGUGCCUGUUCCCAAGACAAAUCAGGGUGAGGAGAAGAAGGAACCCCUCGAGUGGUGAUUCGGGUAAAGGGAUGUUGGAAUGAAGAAAUGACUUAACGGCGAAGGGAUCUGGUAUACUGGUAUAUGAUGAUUAGCAUCUGGUUUUUGUGGUUUCAAAUAUUCGCGAUGGACAAAAAGGGUUGCUGGCUUUGCUCAUACUGAAUGCAAAAGCACUAAAACAUGGAGUAGAUACCAAAUCGAAGCUCCUGAGAAGAUUUAUGAAUCAAAAUAUUUACAAUUAAUGGCACCGGAAUAAGAUG